AUGGAGAAUACAGAUCAGCUGACGUCCUCGAAGAUACUCGAGGUGCUGUACCAGAUCAGCGCUCGACUUGAAGAUAUCGAUCACAGGCUUCAAGUCAGCAGACCACCACCUCCGGCUCAACAUCAUGAAGCCUCGCGGUUGCUGGCAAGCAUUAUUCAGACCAGAUCCUACAAUUUAUUCCGGACAAAGAUAUGUCUAGACGGCGAAGGGGGAGAAUCUCUCCAAGAGAUCGUGUUCCCGCCAGGCCCUCUCUUGCAUCUAAUCCAAACUCUAUCAGGGUUUUGCCCUCACCACCACACAGCGAAGAAUGGGGUCACCUAUAUGUUUCCUUUUACCGAAAUAAUGGGUCAGUGGGAGAUUUUACGCAUUAUUCGAGAGCAUACUUCGCCAUAUGCGCGGGGAUUUCUGGGUCGAGUAUGUCCUGAAGGUGAGCAUAAAGGACUGGAAAGAGACGUGGGUGAACUGCUGGAUUGCAUUGAAUCAUCAACCAACUGCGGGCCCUCUACCAAGGAAAGAUGCGCACAGCUAGAUAGCGGGAGAGUAUCUUUCAUCCAUCUUCCUCAUAUCUUCGCUCGGGGUGCCUUGAUUUCUAGCAAUUCAGAUGAUGAUGGGUGCCAAGUUGUCGAAGUGGUCUCAUGCGAAAUCAAUUCCGCCUCAGCAUCGGGCGAUGUCUGUGAGGUUCUAUACUGGCAUUUCAGGUGGAGUCGACGGGCCGUGAUCAAGUAUAACGGCCGAUUUCGAGUUCAGCACUUUACCGGCACGAAACGGUUGAAAGAUCUACCAUUCAGCCCGAUAGCUACUUAUUCAAACCCUGGCGAGACUAUUGAGAGCUAUUAUCUCAGCGUUGAGUCUGGCGGCGAGGCGCUUUCGUUCCUGAAGAGCCUUCCUCCGCCUGAGAGUGAACCUUAUCCUCGAUUUUCUUACGUUCAAAACAUACUUGGCCAACCAGAAACGACUCUCAGUAAUGUCAUUAUUGAUGAUCCGAAACUUAUACAUCACCCCAGUAAUAUGAUUCGCAUUGAUGUGAGCCCGGAAAUGAGAUGCACUUGUGAUCUGCAAACCAAGCCAUCUGAGAUAGACAGCAUUUUCUCGUCUUCAAGGUAUAGUUUUCUCGCGCCAGCUAGGCUAGAUGCAUUCGAUCUUUCAUCAAAGAAAUGGAUUAAGGUGGCAACGACUUCACUUCAACCCAUCCCCGAUACGGAAUCCACAUUAAAUGACUACGAGGUGAACACAGUGCUCAAAUCUUCUUUAGAUCUCGAGGUCAAGUCAUACGCUAGUCAAAGACAACGCUACUACCAGCAAUUACAUGAUUUUGUUGGAGUCACCAUGCCCCCAGGCCUGUUUUACCAUUUCCAUGGAAAGACAUUAUUAGCCGAGAUACUGGCGGAAUCCCACCGACUACCUUUGAUGCUUCUUCGAUUGACAGACUUUGGCUUGGAUUUGUCAACAUUCGGGGAAAAUCUCAAGGAAUUGAUGCAUCUUAGCUCUCGAUGGGGUGCAGUGUUGGUUAUUACCGAGGCAGAUGGCCUUCUGCAGGCUCGCUCGCUUUAUGGUAGCAUGACUCGCGAUGCAAUGGUGGCAGCACUCAUUGACAGCCUUGCCUCCUAUAAUGGAAUCAUCAUAUUUUUCACGAGUGAGAUUGCGCAACUUGAUAGGUCGCUCAAGGACAAGUUGAGACUAGUUUCAUUCUCAAAUUUAAGUGCAGAGCAGAUGAUGCAUAUAUUCAAGGUCUUUCUAAAGAGAGCAGCCCUAUCGGAAUUGGACUCUGGGACGGAGAUUGAGAUGAUAAGUUGGUUCGAGGAUGUCAUAACGGACUGGACACCUUCGGGUCAACAAAUUCUCAGCCUGGUGAGGAUUUCAUUUGAUCAAGCAGUUUCUCAACGCAGACAAGCGCAAUUAGCGGAUUUGGUCGCAGCAUAUUCAGCAAAAACGGGUUCGUUGAAUUUCUGGGGCUUUGAGACCGAAGCUGUCUCGUAUGCAGAUUCUUCGUUAGACGACGGUUCUGAGAGAACAUCAGUUCUCAACAGACUAUCAAAGGACUUUGGAGACAUUUUUUUCAUCCCUGAUGACGGCCGAAUUUCUCUCACCUUCUCAAAAUCAUUUCUUCAAGCAUUGCCUUCUGAACACUCAUUCCAACACAUUAAGACAAUUAAAAUCCUUAAUAGGCAGUUACUACAAUCCGGUGGCCUGCGUAUUGUUGAUUGGGGCUGGCCUCGCAAGCGAUGGUCUCCGCAAAUAGGCUGCAUGUAUGAACUAAAGGCGAAUGGCCCAUCACAAUCAAAUCUCGACAUGCCAAAGACAAAAUGGGAACGUUUUGGUUUUACUUUCGGCUUACAGAGGAUACUAAACUCCACGGACACAUACGUAGGCUCUGGAAGGCCAUGGAGAAGAUUGAUAAUUUGCGGAGGCGAUGCAUCUAUCAUGCUAUCAUCACAGCCUGCGGAGAAUAAAGAGAUUUCUUCCUUUGAGGACAACAUAUUAUCGAACUUUCCAUGGCUUUCUUUCCGCAAUAAAAUGGACAGAACGCCUCUCCUUGAGCGAAGCAUAUUGGCUCAUGCACAAGCAGACCCAAUGAAACUUCAAGGUCUUUCCACUUUUGAGAAACGAAUAAGUCAGAAGAAUAGUUUUCAUAUUGUCUUUUAUGAGCUUCUCAAAACAGGGAAUCAACAUACUGGCCACGAUAUCUCACGAAAUGUGAUGCCGUUUUACGGGGAGAAGGACCGCUAUCUGCGGAAAAGCGCUUUCACGUUGGUGCACAUACCUGAAGCAAGUCCCGCUCCUCUAGAUGACCCCAUUCAUUGGACCAUGCUUUGCCUUAUAUGCCCGGACUUCGGCUUGACCGAACACAACUGUCGAAUAAGCGAGUCUCCUUCUCUUAGGGCCCAGUCACUGCAUUAUGUAGCCAAUGCACUCAGCCUUGUGACAUCGCACUGGCGUGAAUUUCUGCAGCAGCUGAAUCGAAUCGUUGAUAAUGGCAAUGUCCUUCGCGAACCGAACCGUCUACAAGACAUCCUGUUCGACGACAAUACGUUCAGCAUUUCUAAGCGCUAUUUCUGGGCGAUCAACUUAAUACAUGAGAUAAUCAGCCUCUUGGAUGAUAAUCUGGAGAAGUGGGAUUUGUACAAACGGGCUUCGGUGGUUCCAUUCUUGGAGAGAUAUGCAGGUGAAGUCGAUGAGGAUUGGCAGAGGAAAGCAUAUGCUGCGAUGGUACGGAACGAUAAGGCGGCAUCGGAGGCAUGUGCUGAGCUUGAGUUGAUACGCGACGCUUUCCAAGAAACUUUGAAACGUAUCACACUUAUGAGAGAUGGGCUUUUUAAUGCGAGCUCGGUCAUGGAAGCUCGAGCAUCCACGCAGCUAGGGGAGAAUGUAAAGCUCCUUACAUUCAUUAGCAUCUUCUUCCUGCCUCUUGGCUUGUGUAUGGCAAUCUGGAGUAUAAACGAUAGUUAUAGUCGCCGGGACCUCGCAAUCGUCACAACAUUAGUCGCUGUAGCAACUUACUUUGUCACCUUGAAUCUAAACAACAUCAUUUUCCUUCUGCAUAAACUAUAUACGCCAAGGCGACAUGCACUAGUUGAGCAGAUGGCAGAGGACCCUAACUGGAACACCCUGGGAGAUAGAUUCAAAGCUUACCAACGGCAACAGCCAGGCGAGCAUGAACCAUCUGAAUGGAUUGUUAUGAUUUUCUCUUUGCGGAACUUGUUACAGACGUUUAUUAAUUUUGUUGUUCAAUUCUUUCGUUCAUUUGCUCCAGUGCGAAGGGAGCCUGCUGGGGUAUAA